CCCGCGCGUCACGUGACUCUCCGCCAUAGUGGAUGUGUACAGAUGAGCCGAGGGAGCCGAGGGGAAGGCCGCCGCUUCCGUCUCUUACACCAAUUUGCCUUCUGUCCUAUCAUGUAACCGGGACUAAGUGGCAGGUUAAGGAAAGGCACACAUGGUGAGAUUCCUGUGGUGGAUGGCUGUGUGCUAGAAGCCAUGAUGAAUGGGGAGGCAGGGGAUGGCAACGUCCCUGUCCGGCGCUCCUCGAGAGCUCGCAAACCAAAUUCAAGAUUUGCGGAUGAUGAGCUGGACGGAUGCUUCAAGAAGAUCGUUACUGGACUAGCCACGCCUGAGGCUUCCUCCACUGCCACUUCUCCUUCACCAGUGGGCCGCCCAAGGAAAGGAGCGAAGAAAAGGGAGAGUCGGAGUGAAGAUUCCCUGGAAGGUGAAGAGGAUAGGCUGGAGAAGACUCUAGAUCCCCUGGCAGAUGUGCCCUCAUCAAUAGGCCAUGUUGAACAUCCCUCAAAGAAAGAUUCGCUGGAUGUGCAGGAAUCAGAGGACCAUGGUCUUGUCAAUGGGCUGGAAAUAGACUCUGAGAGUGAGAAAAGAGAGAAAAGUGAGAAAAGCAGUAAGAGUAACAUCAGGAAAGAGGAUGGGGAAGAGGUACCAAUCAAGGAUGUCAAGAAGCGGGGCAGGAGAAAGGGGAAGAGCAGGAGCGGAAGUGGAGAAAGGGAAGACAACACCCAAACUGCCAGUGAGGAGAGAGACCCGGCGAUCGUGGACAAGGGAUGUGUGGAACGGUUGGCAGGCGAGGGACAAGUACCGGUAGAUGAGGAUAGUAUUGAUUGCAGACUAGGGCAUGAAGGGCCUAGUGAUAAAACCCCAAGUACUGGGGUGGAUGGUGUCCAAGAGAAAGGUGGGGAUGUUAGUUUAUGUGGCGAUAGUGAUAGUAAACCUAUAAUAGAAAACCAAAGUAAUUUUGAAAAUGCUACAUUAAGGAGUGAUGAGAGAGUGGCAAGUGGAAGUGUUCCAGAGAGUAUUGAUAAAAAGGAACUUAUGGAAGUUACUGUAGGUAGAACUAAGUGUGAACCAAAAGAAUAUGAUCAUUUAUGUGUUAAAGAGAAGGAAAGCCUAGUAAAUGGUGAUGUAGUACUGCAAGAGUGUUCACAAAUUUCACCUGAAAUCCACGCAAAUGUAGGUUCAAAACUUUUAUCUUGUCCUGUUGACAUAUCUCAUGAUAAAGUCACCCAAAUCAGUGUAAAUAAUCCAGAUAUUCAAGACCCCAGGCUUCAGGAUAGCAGUCCGUCUUUGUCGGGUGCUAAAGAGGAUGCCAAGACUGAAGUAGGCAAAGAGGGCAAAGAGGCCGAGCUGAAAGUUGGGAAAGCAACCAAAUCUCAGAGAGGAAGGAAGAGAUUGAUUCAUCAGGACAGCACAGACUCCACAGACAGUGAUAGUUCCUUACCGUCCAGACGAAGGGGCCGCAGCUCCAACCAGAUCCCAAAGGAAGGUUUAGGUAAAGGGCUUGUUAGUGCCACUGUACCAGAAAAGAAGGCAAGAGACAUGAGUGUAAGAGAUACAAGUGUCGUGGUGCCUGAACCUUCAGGCAAGCAGAGUAGUGAGGCAGUUUUAAAUCCUUGUGAAAGUUCCUCUUCUGUCAUGGAUGACAGAUUAAAACAAGAUCCCAAAGAACAAUGUGAUGAGGUUGAGAGGAGACCAAAGGUCAAGAGAAGUAGAAGUAGUGAGGAUGAUAAAAGCAAAGAGAAAGAUUCUGAAGUCCUGAACCUGGAAUCUUCAGCUUUAGGGUCCCCUAAGUCAAAGAAGAGAAGAGAAGUUGUUGGAAGUUCUUCCAGUUCUCAGACCUCAGAAGAAGAUGACAGCCAGAAGCGGAAGCGGACAGAAGAGAUCAAGGACGUACAUGAUGUCAGCAAGAAAAGAAAAAGAGCAACAGAGAAAGAACUGGAAGUGCCAAAGGACAAUGUGCCAAAUGUGGAGAAAGCAAGUGGGAGCAUAAAUUGCGCUCUGGUGAGGGUGACAACCGAGAAUGUCCCGUCUCCUUGUGUUGCUGACAUACCCCUCCCCUCAUUUGCCACUCCUCAAGUUGGUGUUCCCAAGAAGAGUGGAGCUCAGGCAGUAGAAGCAGACAGUGUGGGUGAAAGUUCUAAAGUUGGUAAAAGUCAUACAAAGAGAACCACUGGUACAUCUACAGGUGCUGAUUCAAAAUCCAUUGUGAAAGACAUUGGUAGCUCAGGUAGUGACCCUGUGAGCAAACAGAUGUCAGGGGAGGAUGAAAUGGAAUCAUCUUCUGAAGGCAAGGAAUCUAGCUCUUCCACAAAAAAUGACACCUCUAACUCUUCAUCAAAAGAGGAUGCCAAAGGCUCCAAGAUGAAGUCCGAUCUCAAUUCUGUGUGUGAAUUGCCAAAACAUCCCAAAACUGAGGAAGCCCUACCCAGGACCAUUGCAGUGUCUCGCACCUUACGUUCAGCAAGCAAUUCUCCAUCAAGGACCUCCAAGAGAACGAAGAAGAGUGAGGAGCUACUGAGAACUUCUUCAUCAGAUAGUGAUAGUAAAUGUAAGGAAGAAAUAACAAAUACUGAAUUGUACAAAUAUUCUGUGAAGGGUUCAGAUUCAGAGUCACAAAAUGCUCCUGCUGAUGAGAGGAAAAUAACAAAGGGGAAAAGCAAAGAAAAAAUUGAAAACUCUACUGAAGAAGAAGUAAUAGUUAAGGCUGAAGAACAAGAUGACUGCAAGUCAGGGGAAGAUCACACCAGAACCCAGGUCAGUGAGGAUAAGGAAAACCUGGCACCCAAAGUUGAAGAAAAAGCAGAAAAGAGUGAGGAAGAGGUUAAGGUUGAAGUACAGUUAACAGAGGAGGAGCUGGCAGAGCUAGAGAAGAAAAGGCAGCAGGAAGAAGAGGUGAGAGAACGCAGAAAUCGGGAAGUGGUAGAAGAGAGGUUGAAGGGCUUUGUUCACCUUACAACCAAUUUUUACAUUCAAGAGAGGAAGAAAACCAAACGCAAUAAGGAAGUGAGGCGAAUGGUGUGUGAUUGCACACUGACUAAGGAAGAAAUUGCAAGAGGGGAAGUUGGUUGUGGAGAAGACUGUCUCAACAGAUUGCUUAUGAUAGAAUGUGGUUCUCGAUGUCCACUGCGUGAACACUGCACCAACAAAAGAUUCCAGAAUUUGGUCUAUGGUGAUGUGGAAGUGUUCAAUGCAGAUGAAAAAGGAUGUGGAUUGCGAGCUCGGAAUUCAUUAAAAGCGGGGACAUUUAUCAUGGAGUAUGUCGGGGAGGUGCUGGACACCAAGGAGUUCAAGAGAAGACGAAAGGAUUAUUCCCGAGGGCAGAACCCCCAUUUCUACUUCAUGGCACUGAAACCGGACCUUUUCAUUGAUGCCACCCGUAAAGGAAAUAUCUCCAGAUUCAUCAACCAUUCCUGCGAUCCCAACGCUGAGACGCAGAAGUGGACCGUAAAUGGGGAAUUGCGCAUUGGCUUUUUCACAAACAAGGACAUUGAAGCAGGGGAGGAGAUCAAUUUUGACUACCGUCUUGAGCGAUAUGGACGAGAACCACAGAAAUGUUACUGUGGUACUUCAGUCUGUCGUGGCUGGUUGGGCGAAUCACCAGAUGAGAAGACUAAGGAAGAGAAGGACGAAGAGAGGAGAAAAGAAGAGAGGGAUAGGAGAAAGAGAGAGGAGAAGAGGAUAUACUUUGAAGAUAUUGCUUUAGAGGAUGAGAUUGAAAAACUCAACUCUCACAAACUAAGAAAUCGUGAGGACACUCUGAAUCUCUCCCGACUGAUGGUGCGAGCAGAAGAUUUCAACUCGAGGGUGAUGCUUUUGAGGCUCCUUCAAACAGGGGAACCGGCAUGUAGGCGACUAUUCUUGGAUUAUCAUGGCCUAAGGGUCUUGUGGUCCUGGAUGGCAGACCUGGGCACUGGACAUGAGAAUGUGGAGCUUAAGAGUGAAAUUCUAAAAACCUUGGAGUGUUUGCCAAUCACCAACAAGACACAGCUCACUGACAGCAGAGUGCUGAGUGUUGUUGAACGCUGGACCAAGCAGAAUGUGGAUGUAGAUACUAACAACUCUCCUCCCCCUCCACCACCACCCAAGGCAGAUUUGACUAGUGUCACACAAUCAUUGGAAGCUGACCCAAACAAGAAAACAAGUGACACAAGUGAAGACUCUGACACGGAAACAGAUUCCAAAGUUAUCUCCAAUUCAGUGGAAGCCUCAAGUGCAGAUGACAGCAGUCUGGAUUCUGAGGAAGUUGAACAGCAGCAACUGGCCAUGAAGCAGAUGGAGGAGGGCACAAGAGCAGAAGAAUCAAGCAGUGAUUCCAACCUGAGCGAUGGCAAGGAGAAUACUGCUGGAGGCAAGGAGAAGGGGAAGACAUCUGCUGUGGAACCCACUGAGGGAGACUCAGCUGCUGGGGAGCAAAAGCAAGUUGGAGAGGAGAAGGAGGCAGAAGAGGUGCAAGAGCUCAAGUCCUUGGCUGUCAAACUUUUGGACACCUGGAAGAAUCUGAAGGAGUUCUUCCGUAUUCCCAAGAAAGAACGUAUUGAACUGAUGAAAGAGCAUGAGAGAGAGGUUGACAGAGGGUACAGAGAGUACCUGGACCGAGAGCAAAGUGUCGAUCGUGAUUGGGACCGUGAUAGAGACAGAGAUAGAGACCGACGGGAUAGGUACAAUAGAAAAGACUCGUACUAUGACAGAAGACGGCGUUCACCAGAAAGAGAUAGAGACCGAGAUAGAGACAGAGAAAAGGAUAGACAUCGGAGAGGGAACAGAAAUGACCGUGACUCAAGAGAGGAACGAUCAUCAGAUUCACCAAAGAUGUCCAAGGAACAGCGAAGACAGCUCUUUGCAUUAAAGGUUCAACAAGAAGAAGAAGAAGCAAAGCAAAGGAAGAUGCAAGAGGAGAUGUGGGCAAUGCACGUAGACCGCUGUCGUGUCCUGGGUCAUGAUCCCUAUUUGACCCCCAUAUUUGAUCCAACGUACCAGUACUAUUGGGAUCCCGUUGCUGCAAACUGGCAACCUUACAAUGGGUCGGACCCAAAUAUCCCUGUGCCAGCUUCUUAUGGUCAACACAAGAAAGAAAGUGGUGACGGCUCACCAAUGGUCAUGGGUGUAGGAGGUAUUCCAGGCUUGGAUUCUGGUCCAUUGGUCGUGGUGCCAGGCAAGUCCCACCCUGCUCAACCCCUGGUGGGUCACCUAGCUCCAGAUGGAGACCCUGCUACACCAGGUCAGGGUGGACCUGAUGACCCGCUCAACCCUGCUAACAUUCCACUGCCCGGUGAGAUUUCCAUACUGCCCCAAACGUCUCCGUCACAGCCCAUGCCUGGUCAAGCCGUACCUAUUGAGGGCACUCCACCUCAGGGAGCAAAAGUUUUGGCCAUCCCCCUCCCUGGUGAGGUCCCUUCCACUACUGCAAGUCUACCUGUGAGCAUUGACCCCAAGAAUAUUGCCCUGCCUAGGGUUGCAGGAGAAGAAGGGCCACCUCCACCACCCCCUCCAGGACCCAUCACCAUCCAGCUUCCCCCACGGUGGAAAAUGGCAAGGGAUUCGGAAGGCCAUGUCUACUUCUACCAUGUCAAGACCAGAACCAGCCAAUGGGAGCCUCCCACUGUGGAGCAGCACCAGCAGCUGGAGGCUGAGUUGGGCUCUGACUCUGACUCAGACUCUGCAUCCUCAGAUGACUCUGACUCAACCAGCACCAGUGAUAGCGAAGACUUCUCAAGUGACGAGGAGGAGGAGGAGGAGGAGGUCACGGUGGAGAAGAGUAAGGUCUCCGAUGAGAAGAUGAUCCGUCGGCCGAGGGGCAAGAAACAGCGGUCUGAGGCGCUAGUGCAGGAGCGCGUGAUCAGCCCCAUUCUGGAGGUGGAUCGGGAGGCAGCUCGGCGGGAGCGUCGUGAGGCCAAGGAGCGUGCGCGUGAGGAAGCUCGGCAAGAAAGGCAGGAAGAGCGGCAGAGUCGCUCGCAGAAGGAGCGAGGAGAGGGGGCGGACGGUGGCAGUGAGCGGUCAGCUAGGGCGGAGCGGAAAGAGAGGAGCGACCGGUCGGACAGGGCAGACCGCCAUGAAAGUAGGAGUAAAGGCCGCGAAAAGGUAAAGAGCAAAGAGCGAGCAGCCUCGGCCAUUGCUGACAAUAGUGAAGCUGCACGGAAGAUCAAGGACAGCUUCAGGUCCAGGAUGGCAACCUUCAUUGUUUCAGUGCUGAAUCCAUAUAGAAGAGGUGACUGUAAGGAAGGCAAAAUCACCUGCACUGAAGAUUUCAAGUACCUGGCUCGAAAGCUGACCCACUUUGUAAUGGUGAAGGAACUGAAGCAGCUACAGAGCAUAGACCUGCUAGAGUGCAGUGAGAGUGUAAAACAUAAAACCAAGGACUUUGUGCGAAAGUACAUGAGCAAGUAUGGUGCAACCUUCAAGAGGGAUCCAAAUGACACCAAAGAAUAUUAAACUUCUGUCAAAAGGGGAAGAGUCAAAGACGCUCCAAUUGAUGAAAGAGUGAAUGUUUUUUGUGGAUGCUUUUUUUCCAGUGAUGAACAGUGGUGAAGAACUUGCAAUGAUUCAACAAGUGACACUGAUCAGGGAGAGCGUCCAAACUGAGUAUAAAGCUGUUUUGCUAGCCCUUAUGAAAAAAUUUUUCUCUUGUCUCUGUGUAUCACCUCACAAAUUUAUGGCUGGCAAUCUUCACAUUCGAUAGACUAAAAUACUACAGAUAACAGUGAUGCAAAAAAAAGAAAAAAAAAAAAAAAAAAAAAGAUUGAUAAAAAAUUCACUGCAUCCAAAACUGGCUACGAUCUUUUGAUUCAUGAUUAGAAGUGCACUAUUUUGUUAUUAAAGUCAUAGUGUGUUAUUUGUAGUGCGUUUUGACUGAUGCUGUAUGGUUACUUGUCUUUUUUUAUAGUACACAGUAUUUAUAUUUUUUCUUGGAGUAUUUAUAAAAAAAUAGCAAAGGCAAGUUCAUUCUAUACAUCAAAUGUAAUGAGUAAAUUAGGAAUGCCAGUAAUGAAGGUCUUGUUUUCUUUUUACUGUUGUAAUUAUUUUUUUAGAAUCCUUGUCUUUAUUAUUUAUAUUUGUAUAUUAGUAUUAUUAAUGUUAUCAUUACUAUUGCAUACUAUUGAUAUUAUGUGUAUGACAUUAUUUUCAUGUGAUUUAUCUUGUUUUUUAAUACUGUAUAAUAUCUUUAUCUAUUCUACCUUUUUGUUGUUUAUUUAUUGUGUACUUCAUCAUUAAUAUUAUUUUCUAUCAUCUUCAACCACCACUGCAUUAUACACAGUAAGGAAAUUCAAUAUGAAUGACAUUAUAAUUUUCCAUCAGCACAGUAAAAAGGUGGUUGCUGUUGCAAUGACUAAUGACUCAGGCACUUUUGUGAAGGCCGAAGAACUAAUUACACAGACAGAAGGAAAGUUUUUAGACACUCUUGGCAUAUUUCACCAGUUUUUAAAGUGUAAGAUUGCUUUCUUAAAUAUCUUUGAAUGUGAUUUAAGGUUUAAUAUCAUUUUUUUUUUUUCCUUUUUUUUUUCUUUUCUUUUUUUUAGGGCUGGAGGGGUGAAUGAUAAGAAAGAUACAGAAAAAAAGGAUAGGUAUUUACAAAACACUCAAACACUGCCGCUGAUGCAUGUGGGGUUAAUUUCCAUUUCUCUGAGAUCACCACCAUUCUAGUGAAAACCUUUAGUUAGUUUAACAUUUUACAGGAAACUUUCUUUUGGGAGUUUUAUGACUUUUUAUGAGGAAGAAUCAUAGAACAGACAUAGGCUGGAAGUCAUGUUGAUUGUUGGAUUUUCUUUGCUUUUUUUCUCUCACUUUUUUCCAUUUUAGUAUCAUUUAUGCAGGGUAUGAGGCUUUUGUCUAAGCCGAAGACGUAGGUUUUAUCCAGCAUUUUGUAUAUUAACUCUGCCCACCCUUUAAAUUAAAUUAUAUAUAAUACCUCAUGUACAUAAGCUGCUGUACAGGCUAAUUAAUAGUUGAUAUGAAAUCGCAUUCAGCUGUAUUUUCAAGGCAUUGAUGUUUUAAUUUUUUACUCCAUUAUAUUUGAUGUUGAAAUUUUGUACCAAGUCCUAAGUACAUAUUGUUAUGUUUUCAACUAAUGGUUUAGUUUUGUUUAUAUGUGUCUAAUGUAUUCUGAGGAAUACAUUUGCCCUUGUGAUGAAAUUAGUAUGUAGGACAUUCUAGACAGAUGUAGGACUGAAUGUACAAAGAACCAGACACUGGAAUGGAAAAGAUUAUGCUGUA